CAAAAAAAAAAAAAAUGGUGCCACAUUGUAGCGGUCCAAGAUAGAGUCAUCGCAUAUAUAAUCCCACUCCAUCCACAGUCUCCAGUGUAAGGGACAAACACAAACCUCAACGCAGAGAAACAACAGGCGCAUGCACAAAGAGACUCGCCGAUAAUCAAGUAACUGACUUCCAUAUAAUACAUACACGGCAGAGAUAGAAAUUACUUUGGCAGUCAGAUCAUUUCAUCAUUGUGUUGGGUUUUCACCAUGAGUGCUAUACCUAAGAGAUCACAUGAAGAGACUGAUCAUCCGUCUUCAAAGAACCCACAUCAAGAUUCAGGCACAUACUCGAAGCUGGGUUCAUCCCUUUCAAGUGACCACCCUAUUCCUAAUGAUGCAGGUCAGGAUUCCCGGGUGGCAAAGACACCUAGUGCCGAAGCUCGUGACACAGACAAAAAAUCUAUUCAUUCAGUUAAUCAGAUGCCAUUAUCUUCAGAUCAUCCAAUUGGAACUCAGAACAAGAUAGAAUCAAGUGAUUUAAAGGGCAAUAGAGAUCUCCAGUUUGAAAACCGUGAUACAGAGAAGAAGGAGUUGCAUGGUGAAUCAAGGGGCGAUUCUCAUACUGCUAAGAGUGAGAAGGAUGUAUGUGUUGAAGGUCAAGGAAAUGACAAUAACAAGGAUAUAAGAUAUGACCGGGAUAAUCACAAUGAUACGAAAAAUGCAACUAAGACUGAGAAGUAUGGCUCUGAUUUGUUAAGCAGCCCCUCGAAUAGGAAAGAAUCAAAAAAGCAUAAGGGAAAAAGACAUUUUGAUUCCCCUAGUGGUAGGUUGGAUUCUGGUCAUACUUCACGUGGAAAUACACCAGCAGAAGUUGGAAAGAAAAAUUCAACAGCAGAGGAAAGGGACUAUUCGGAAGCUGGUGAGGCUGUUGAGAAAAACAAAAUUGAUUCUAAAAGUGAAGAUGGAUUUAAAGAUAGAGAAAGAAAGGAUGUGAAGCAUCGGGAUUGGGGGGACAAGGAAAAAGAGAGAAGUGACCGUAGAAACAGUUCACAAGUUAACAAUAGCAAUCGUGACAGCAAAGAAUCCCCCAAUGAAGAUAGAGGUGCAGAAAAGUUGGAGAGGGAGAGGAAAUAUCCUCCAAAAGAGAAAGAAAAUUCAAAACAGAGGGAAAAAGCUCACACCAAGAGGGCGUUGUGGAAUGAAAUGGAGAAGGAGGUUUCAAAUAAUGAGAAAGAACUUGGUGAUGGGAAAACUUCUGAGCAGGAAACUUUAUUACCAGAUCAGAAGAAACAAAAAGUUGCUGACAGCUCGAAAAAUGUUGAUGGAGAAGGUAGAGAGAGUAGGAAAGAAAGGGAUGCUGAUAUAGAAGGAGAUCAGCCUGAUAAGCACAUUAAAUUUGACAAGAAAUCAGAAGAUGGAUGUGCUGAUGGAGAGGAGACUGAAGAGAAGGAGAGAGAAGUCCAUAAUUAUAAUGUUCAGCGUCGCAAGAGGAUACAGCGAUCAAGGGGAAGUCCUCAGGUGGCCAAUCGGGAGGCUCGUUUUGCAUCCGAUGCCCAAGACAAUGAAGAUUCUGGUAUUUCAGGUAAGGCAGAGGUAUCUUUUGUUGUUUAUAGAGUUGGUGAAAGCAUGCAAGAGCUGAUAAAGUUGUGGAAGGAAUAUGAAUCAUCUCAAUCUCAAAUGGAAGACAAUGGUGAAAGCACUAACAAUUGCCCAACUCUUGAAAUUCGGAUACCAGCACAGAAUGUUACUGCUACGAACCGCCAAGUCAGAGGUGGCCAGCUAUGGGGGACUGAUGUGUACACUUAUGAUUCAGAUCUUGUUGCUGUUCUCAUGCAUACAGGCUACUGUCGCCCAACAGCUUCUCCACCUCCCGCGGCCAUACAAGAGUUUCACACAACUAUUCGGGUGCUACCUCCGCAAGAUUGCUAUAUUUCUACACUGAGAAACAGUGUGCGUUCACGUGCUUGGGGCGCUGCAAUUGGUUGUAGUUACAGAGUUGAGCGGUGCUGCAUUGUCAAGAAAGGAGGUGGAACUAUUGAUCUUGAACCUUCCCUUGUGUACACAUCAACUAUUGAGCCCACCUUUGCACUGGUGUCUGCUGAGCGGAAAGUGACUACCAGAGCUGCAGCUUCAAAUGCAUUGCAGCAACAGAAGUUUGUAAAAGAGGUCACAAUACAGUACAACCUCUGCAAUGAGCCUUGGAUCAAGUAUAGUAUAAGCACUGUUGCUGACAAGGGUUUCAAGAAGCCACUCUAUUCAUCUACUCGUUUGAAGAAGGGAGAAGUUCUGUAUCUGGAGACACACUCCUGCAGAUAUGAGCUCUGUUUUACUGGAGAGAAACUGGUGAAAGCUAUGCCAGCAACUCAGUUGCAUUCAACUAAUGGGAACAAAGCUGAUUCUGAUCAUGUCACAUUUGAUGCAUUUCGCUGGGCUCGAUGUAAGAAGCCUCUACCGCAGGAAGUGAUGUGCACGGUUGGUAUCCCGCUGCCGCUUGAAUAUGUGGAGGUGCUAGAGGAAAACCUGGACUGGGAAGAUGUGCAAUGGUCAAAAACUGGUGUUUGGAUUGCAGGAAAGGAAUAUACCCUUGCACGGGUGCAUUUCUUGUCAAUGAAUUAGUUCGUCGACAUGUUUUGUUUGUAGACUUUACUGAUUAACAGGAAAAAGAAAAGAUAUCCUUGCAUUAACUGGAUUUUUUGGAUUUUAAUAGAAGUUGCUUUAGGUUAUGCAUAUGUAGGAGAGAUUGCCUCCCAUUUUUAUAGAUGCUUUGUUGAAAUUCAUGGGUUGAAAUAUUGCUAUACAUGCAAUGGAUAGAGUUUAAAAGAAA